AUGGCGAUGGAUUAUUCGAGCCUCCGGGCAGCCGCUCUGCGAGACGGCGAAGACGAAGAGGCUGUUACCGUCGAUACCCGCGCUCUGAUCGACAAAGUACUGGCUCGAUAUUCGGGAGAGUGGACAACUCUGCGAGAGCUCAUACAGAACGCCGCCGAUGCGCAAGCCACGACUGUCUCGAUCAAGUGGGAGACGCAUCCGUCGACAAGCGUUCCUCUUCCCAGCAAUGCGAACCGAUCCGAGUUGCUGAAGCACACGAUAGCCAACCAUACGCUGCGGCGACUGGUUGUCCAGAACGAUGGCCAGCCUUUCACAAAGACUGACUGGGGGCGCCUCAAGAGAAUCGCCGAAGGAAACCCCGACGAAACCAAGAUUGGAGCGUUUGGCGUUGGCUUCUACAGCGUCUUUGCCGAUUGCGAGGAACCCUUUGUUAGCUCUGGAAGCGAGGCCAUGGCUUUCUACUGGAAGGGAAACUCUCUGUUUACAAAGAAGUCACAUCUGCCUGAAGAUAAAUCAUCGCCCUAUACUGCGUUUGUGCUAGACUAUAGAAAUACGACGACUCCCAUGCCGAAUCUGCUGUCUAUAAGCCAGUUUCUGGCCACGAGUCUGACGUUCGUUGCGUUGGAGAAGAUGGAGUUUUGGAUAGACGAUCAUCUGAUUUUGUCUCUUCACAAGAAGACAUCGCCAAGUGUUGACCUGACCUUGCCUCGUGACCUAGAAUCUCGGACAAAGGACAACAUCAUGAAAGUAGCAAGUGUAGGUCGUACAAGCACUCAGAUUGACGCAUCUUUCAUGAAUGCGGUUGGAUGGAAGCCGCAAGCAGCAGCAUCUACGACGAAAUCCUCAGACUCGUAUGGUUCAAACGAUGCGCCCUCACUCAAGUCCUUCUUUGCCAGAUUCACCGCAACUGCAUCAAAUAGCAGUCUCCUGAAGACUAAGCAGCAGGCAGAAGAGAGCCAGGCACAGACAAAGAUUACCGAAGAUGUUACCAAAUUGAACACCGCCACAAUAUUCCUUAGAGCUACCACUGCCAGUAUCAAGACUCACGUAUCCUCUUCUUUUUCGGCUGAGCUUGAGCGUGCUACCAAGAAGCCUCCUCCAAAAACUACAAAGAUAUCUAUUCUCACCACGUCAUAUGACGAGGCUGAAGCUUCCAAUAGCUCAUCGACUGAAAGCGGCGCUUUUGCCAAAGCAAUAGACGUAUUUGCUUCUGUGCUUCCAAGCAAAAAGCCGGGCGGCCGUAUCUUUAUCGGCUUCCCUACCAUGCAGACUACAGGCGCCGGCAUGCAUAUUUCCGCUCCCUCUGUAAUCCCCACUGUGGAGAGAGAGGCCAUCGACUUGAAUGCUCGCUGGGUUAGGACGUGGAAUGUUGAACUACUUCGAGCCGCAGGUAUCAUAGCGAGAAUAGCCUUUGCCAACGAGAUGGACGACCUUGAUCGCAGGAUCCGACAAUCAUCUGAAGCUGGCAAGAAGAUAUCUGCCGAGAUUGUUGACAAAUUCAUGCCCGAGGCGCUUCAUACCCUGAAGACAUUUACCUUUGUUGACUCUACGCCGAGCAGCCAGGUCGGCCAGAUUAUCGAAGAGGCUUUCUGGACCUGCUUUAAGAAGGCUUCUAUCGAAGUGUACUCAAGCAGGGGUGUAUUGCAAACAUCACAAGUUCGGCUGGGCUCAGAAGAGUUGAGUUCAUUCGUGGAUAGCAUUCCAAUUGUGCCUCAAGAGAUGAAGAACGCGCCAUUUGUAAAGAAACUCAUCGACUUUGGCCUCAUUUCCCACAUAACUGUAACAGAUGUUAAACAGGAGUUGGAAGCCAAAGCUCUUACAAAAUCCCAAGCCAUCAACUUCAUUAAAUGGGCGGGAAAGAAGAGCUUAACCGGCGAGAUUGACCCGGGAAGCAGAGCCGCUCUUAUGGACGUCGCUGUUGCCACUCUCAGCGAUGAAAACGACCAGGGUGAAAUCGUGGCCCUGGGCAGCAUAAGCAACUAUCUCAGUCUCGCAAAGAUUCCUGCAGGUAUGCCUGUCCCUCCAACUACAGUGCCAUUCGCUCUCAUUGUGAAUAUCAGUGCUUCUGAGUUGGAAGCUCUUGGGUGGGAACCGCUGGAGAUUGUACCAUGGCUACGUUUCCUCAUCGAAACUACGAACUCUAGGCCUGAGGAGGAGAGCGUCACUAGGUCGUCCAAAUUUGCCGUUUCUGUUCUCACUGUUCUAUCCAAAAACUGGGAGAAUAUGACUAUGAUUAGUAGGGGGACUGUGCUAAGCCUUAUCCAACCAACCCCAAUGAUACCGACCAAGCUGGGUAUGAAGAAACCAACGGAAUCAUUCUUCGCGUCUGUGAAGCUUUUUGACGAUUUACCGGUCAUCCAAGGCUGCGAGAAGGUAAAAGAGAAAUUCCUGGCUGCCAUUGGUGUACGAAAGACAGUUGACUUGGAGACCAUUUUCACUCGUCUGCUCAAUGCCUCGGGAGAGGAUGGCCAAAAGAAAUGGAGCCAUAUGGAGCUUAUCAAGUACCUUGCCUCUGUCCAGAAUGAUAUUCCUUCGGACGAUCUUAAGAAAUUGAAAGAAUCCAGGAUCUGUCCUGCUGAGGCAGGACCCAAGGGUAUGGAGCCUACAAAGGCCACGACGAAGCUGUACAAGGUCUCAGAACUGUUUGAGCCCAAAGACUCUCUUCGAUCCCUCCAACUGCCCAUCAUUCAGUGGCCCGGGCCUCCUGGCAGCUUUCGUCCAAGCAGCCCCGAGGCUCGCUUUCUGGCUGUCCUUGGCUUGCGGACUUUCCCCUCAGUUCCUGAGCUGGUGGACAUGAUGUCAUCGAGCGAUCAGGCCUUGAGAACUUCGGCUAUGACCUACUUUAUUGCUAAUCAUCAUACGAAUCGAUAUGCUGCUUUUGAUCUCAGCGACUGCCGCAAACCCAUUCUACCGCUCCAAGGAAGUACAAAGUUGGUUACGCCAGCCGCAUGCUUUACGAAUGAGAGAGCGUCGGUACUUGGAUUUGAGAUCCUGAGCCGAGAUCUCCAUGAUCAUGCCAACAAAUUCGGCGUUGCUCGAGACCCCCCUAUGGUUGAGUGCGUGAACCGUCUGUUGGCUAACCCCCCAAAGAACUAUCAGUCCGCUGUGACUCUCUUUAGCUAUUUUGCCUCUCGAAUUAGCGAGCUUGGAGAAAGUAGCCUUGUCAAGCUCCGAACUGCUGCAAUUAUCCCUGUGAACCGGUCCACCGGAUCAGCAAAAUCUGGCUCAAACACGUCUUAUAUCAGCCCAUCGCGGGCAUAUUUGGGAACGUCUUCCACAUAUGGCGACAUUUUCGACUUUGUGGACUUUGGCCAAGAUGGGAAUGCAUUCUUGUUCAAAUGCGGCGCGAAGAGUGAACCAACUAAAGUGGAGGUUGCAUAUAUGACGUGCAACGAGCCGGCAAGGCUACUCAGCGUGUUACAGAGCCCUGAGAAGUAUUUGGAUCUGCUCAAAUCUUUAGCGGAGUCUGCUUCGACCUUACAGCGCGACAAGGAGCUUUGGCGGAAAAUGAAGAGCUGCUCGUGUCUUCUCGCUUACAAAGAACUCGUGGCACCGUCCAAGGGCGGUAGCAACGAUUUGGACGAAGAAGAAGCUCCGAUCAAGCAGUAUCAACUUGCCGCUGCUAACCAAAUUGUGGUUUUGGACGACAUUAUUAGCUACCGACUCUUCAAAGAGUAUUUGAUUUGUGCUCCUGAGGAGGACAUUCUCGAGACCUUUUAUCUCAAACUUGGUGCGACGAGGCUUAGUAGCAUAGUUCAAGAAGAUGUGCGCAUUGGGCCUCACACAGGACGACUGCCAAUGGCUGAGUCGCUUAAAAAGCAUGUUCUUGAAAGAUCCAAGAUUUUUUUGUACGAAUAUGCCAACUACCGCAGGGAUGCUAUCAAGCACGAUGCGAAGUGGCUCGAGAAGAAUCUUACAGUGGAAGUGGUUCGAUCAGUGGCGCUUCGGCGCAGCUUGCAAGGCCACAGGCAAACGCAUACCGAGAGGCGCUCUGCGGCUGCCACGUACACCAACCGAGCAUGGGUAUUGUAUGUGGCUGACGACGGAAAGCCGGACAUGUACCAGGUUGGUCAGGCUAUCUGUCAAAUGCUACUCGAUAGACCAAACCAGCAAGCGUAUCUAUUCUUCGAACCCUUCCUCACCCUCGAUCUUUACCAACUGAGGUCGCGUGGGUACAACGUUGACCGCAUCCUUCGAGCAAAGGCCGCCGAGGCAAGAAUCGCGGAAGAGGAAAGGCGCAAGGCGUUGGAAGAAGAACAGAGACAGAUUCGGGAAAGAGAGCAGAACUGGGCACAGCAAUCCCAGUCUGAUCGUUCCAAGAACCCGCAACUUCCACAGGCAGCCGAAGCUGCACGAGAGGCGCCUAAAUCCCCAGCGUCUUCGCCUUCCAUGCCGGGAGCAUGGGACUCUCCUGAAGAGAGUGCACAGGAUAAAACUGCCAAUAACAGAAAAAGCAGAGGCCUAUUUUCCAACCUUAGCCGUAGACUUGGAUUUGAUACCCAGGAUGACGAGAAGAACGACUCCCGAGGACAGGUGGAGCAGUUUAUGGGCAACAAUUCCAACACCAACGCGGGCCCAUCGUCGGGUGACGGGGCCGCUGGUAAUGGGGAUGGCCAAAAGGAUGAUGGCAAAGUCACGAACCCGGCCGUUGUGCAACAGAAUCUGCUAAACGCAGUCAAUGCAACCCGGGCGCACGGCUCCGACAGAGUCUUCUCAGAGCCUCAAGUCAACGAGGUCAAGGAACAGGCAACAUAUUGCGACAAGAAACCGGCUCAAAACAUCAACUUUGUGGCUGAGGCUUCCAAUGGCAUGAAAGUCUUUGUGGCCAAGGAUAUGAGUGCCAAUCCAGCAGCCUUUUUGUCGGCAAAUCUAGCAGCAAUCAACUCAUUUGCAUCGCUGCUUGUGGAAGUGGGCGCAGUUUACUCGUUGGCGCCAAAAGUGUUGCACAUAUUCUAUGAUGAGGCAGGCGGUACGAUUGCGUUCAAUACGGGUGGAAGCAUCUUUUGCAACCUGCGCUUCUUCCUCCAGCUGCACGCGGCACAGGUUGAUGUGCCAAACGGGGCUGGUAAAGCCGAGGCAGGGACUUGGUGGUGGGUUGUGAUGGCCCACGAGUUGGCUCACAACUUGGUUUCGACUCACAACUCUGAUCACAGUUAUUACACUGAAUCGUUUAUCCAGCAGUAUAUGGGCAAGAUGAUGGCAAAGACUGCCCAGUGGACUCAGGGCGGUGCGUCCCGGUCAGCUGAGCUCCCUUCUCGACCUGCGCCAGAGAGGCAAUCGGUUCCUUCAGAACCGCCGCCUUCGUAUAGAGAAGCGCGGAAUGCAGCCGACUACAUGUUUGGCUAA